UUCCAUCCACUUCCUCCCAACCAAACAAGGCCUUCCAACCAAAUAAGGCCUUCACGUUCCAAUUUCCAGUUUCCACUACCAGUUUCACUCUUCACUCGCUCUCCUCCCUCCUCAACCGCCAUCCACCAUCACCAUCACCUCCGCCGCCACCACCACCACCACAGCCGCUUUUACAUUUGUCUCUCCUUCAUCACCACCGCCGCCGCCGCUACCACCACCACCACCACUAACGCCAUCUUCCUUAGUUUUUCGAUUAAUCGCCCCGAGAAAGCAUCGCAUACGCAGUCAUUUCGUCGUCUAUAAAUCUCAGCUUCUCGAAGAUCGGAGUCUCUUUCGAAUGAUCGUUGAUUUUCUAUAACUGAAUUAAUGGUACCCGUGUUAUUGUUCUCCAGUGUUGAGAUCUUCCUGAAGUUUGCUGAACAACUACGUUGAUGUCUUACCAGAAUAAGGGGUUUUGGAUGUCGAAGGAUGGUGGGUGUUUAACUGAUGGGGAGUUAACUUGUGAUAGUACUUCUAGAAAUGAACCAAAGCGCUCGCACCAAUGGUUUAUAGAUACUGGCGAGGCGGGGUAUUUACCAAACAAGAAGCAAGCUGUAGAAGUUCCCGGUAGCAGUUCAUUUUCCGGAAUACCUGCCUCAACACUCUCUCCUUGGGGAAGUGUGGCUGGAUUUAACUCUGUUCCUAGUCAGUUCACUGAACAAUUGUUUGAUACUGACGCUAUUAAAUCUAUUAGUUUUGAUGAGAGAAAUAUUACGUCUGUUGGUAUGGGUAGUUUGGAUAUGGGAAGAAAGGUUAUGGAUGAUCCAUUUGGGAAUAGUUCCUCAUUUGGUCUGUCUACGUCUCAUUCAUUGGAAGAUCCUAAGUCAGGAAUUAACUAUAGUGGGAUCAGGAAAGUUAAAGUUAGUGAAGUAAGAGAUCCCGAGAACCUCCUGCCAUUGUGUACGGGACCUUCCUAUGCUAGAGAAUCCGAUGGACCUAUUUCAGCUGCUCAGGAUUAUGACAAGGGGGAUGAUAGUGGGAUAUCUAUGGGUCUGAUAUAUGGUCCAGAGGUGGAAAAUAUUGUAACAGUUGGGGACUCUUGUGGUAGGGAAGAUGAAGAUUUCAUAUCAAUUAGCCAAUCUUUUGAUAAAGUUGCAUGCAACACAAUGGCAACUUCUUAUAAGGCUGAUGGCAGCACUAUAUCAAUGGUGAAUACAUUUAAUGAAUCUGAUUGUAAUAUCAUGCCAGUGGGUGAGGACUUUAGUAAGGGGGAUAACAAUGUCACUUCUUUAGAAAACCUCAGCAAAGGGGACAAUAUGAUCUCCAUAUGUCAUACAUAUAAAGGUGAUAGCUCCAUCUCAGUGACUAACAACUACAACAAAGGGGCUGACAUCAUCACCACAACUGCUUCAUCUAACAACAAAUGUGAAAGCCACGCGUUAUCCACGGGUCACCCUUUCAACAAGGGAAGCAGUAACAUAAUAUCCUUUGGUGGCUACAAUGAUGAUGAUGAUGAUGCAAAUGCUUCAGGGAGACUCCUAUGCAAUUAUGACUUGCUAGUCGUCCAGCCUUCAAUUCAGAGGUCUGACACAUUAAACCAAAAGGAUGUGACUGUCUCGAAUGCUACUGCAGCUAUAGAUUCUGCUCAGGUUAUAGUUUCUGGAGCAGAAAGUAUCUUCAGGAAGAAAGAGGAUAUUAAAUCAACAAAGAAGACACCUCCCAACAAUUUUCCUUCUAAUGUGAGAAGUUUGCUUUCCACUGGUAUUUUGGAUGAGGUUCCUGUGAAGUACGUUGCUUGGUCACGAGAGAAGGAGCUCCGUGGUAUCAUAAAAGGUUCUGGAUACCUUUGUGGAUGUCAGUCAUGCAACUUUUCUAAGGUUAUUAAUGCUUAUGAGUUUGAGCGUCAUGCUGGUUGCAAAACUAAACACCCCAACAAUCAUAUUUACUUUGAGAACGGGAAAACCAUUUAUGGGAUUGUUCAAGAGCUUAGGAACACUCAACAGAAUAUGCUGUUUGAUGUUAUACAAACAAUAACAGGUUCACCCAUCAAUCAAAAAUCAUUCAGGCUUUGGAAAGAUUCUUUCCUGGCUGCGACCCGGGAACUGCAGCGCAUUUAUGGUAAGGAUGAGCGGAAUCAGUCUUCAUAAAUCAUUUGCAGUUGCAGUAUAGGGACUGGUGCAAGGCUCUUCAAAUGUUAGGGUACUAACUACUGAGAGUAGUUGUUCUAUGUAAAUUAUAGAUCCAUUAAAGCUUGUAUGUGGAAAUUUUACUCUCCUUACAAAAUUAAUUCCAUUGGCUUUAGAGGUUAAUGGCAUGUCUAUGUGUUCUUAUCUAUUGUCUAAUUAUUUUCAUGAAUGCCAUAGAUUGAUUGAUGAUUACUCUCUAUACCUUGCAUGGUACGUACUUACUGGAUAACCUAUUACAAGGGUUAUUGUGAUGCUAGUAACACAGGAGCUUGCCGUAUGAUUUUGGUAACAAGUUCUAAAUUGAAGUACGUUGAAAGUGAACUCCAGGUCUUACGUACUUUCUGAAAGAUAUAGAAAUGAAUAUGCUAUGGAGCAUAUUUCGAAAUGCCCCUAAACAUGUCAAAAGAGAAAGUUAUUUUUUUUGUUAAAUAUUUAUUGCUGGCUCGGUGAUCCAUGAAAUAGGAUUUCUUCAUUUAUUAAUGUUUUUAGUUUUUCUUAUCUUUUCCAUUAUACGUAGGUAGCAAGCCGUCUGGCUACCAUGAUUGUUUGAAGAGAGGUUAACUGUAUCUCACCUGGGAAGUAGAGAGAUGUCAUUUUAAGAAGAAUUGUUAUAUUUCUUUUGCUUGAGGUAAGGAAUAUUUAUUAAAAAAAUGAAACGCAUAACUAAACAUGUCUACGAGGCCGAAGCCCAAAGAGAGAAGUUCAAAUAACAUGUUACAACCAAAACAGAAACAAGACCAUACAGGCCAGCCACAAACAAAUCAUUAUCAUUAUCAUUACCCCAUUGCCUCAAAGAGGCUCCCGUAAGAAGCGGGGUAAGGGGGGGUCGGACGUACGCAACCUUACCGCUGCAAUUGUAGAGAGGUUGUUUCCAAUUGACCCAAAAGCGAUAACGGGACGACCAUCUUCUACUUCAUGGAAAGGAAGAGAAGGGGUAUUAAGAGCCAUUUUGAUGUAGUCCAUUACAUCCCACAGCCAAAACUAAAGAACAAAUGAAUCUUUAACAAAUGACUUUACAAAAUUUUAAACCAAAUUCUAUCUCAACUACCAACAAAUUUAGGCAAAUAAGACCUAAUUCUGCCCUUAACAGCUUCCUGGAUCCUUUCCAGCCACAAACAAAUGAAAUUACAAUUUAUCAAACCAAAUUCUAUCUCAACUACUAACAGAUUUACGCAAACAAGACCUAAUUCUGCCCUUCACAGCUUCCUGGAUCCUAGAUCUAGAAACAGGUGGGUAUUGGGAAUAUUUUUAUCCUAGAACCCUUCAUUUCUUGCCAUCCAGAUACACACAGGUAUAUAAACCAGCAUUCAUGGUAGCCUUCCUUAACUUUGAAUUCUUAGUCCUAGCAACCUGCCUGCAAAGAGGAGUGAACUGACAAUGCUGCAGCUGUAAAAACAAUCAAAAGUAGGCGAGAUUGGGUCAAGAAUUCUUUAUUUUACCGAGUAAGCAAGGAAACAAGGAGGGAUGCCUGCAUCAGAUUUCCAUGGUAUUGAUGGACGAUGGUAACUGGAAAAUCAAUAUGCCCUAUGCUCUCCUCGUACUGUAAUACUUUUAUCCAGUCGUCAACUGACUUGAAGACACUAUAAAAAGUAUCAUUUAUCAGGUUGUAAGUUAGAGCUAGGAAACUUGAGAUAUGGAAUUUGGAGGGUAAAGGAAGCAAAUUGGAAGUUCAUUUUCCUUCCCAUUUUAAGAAGCCAAAUUGGAAUGAUUCUUUUUCUAUUAGGUAGUUGGAACUCGGAAGGAUAUUUAGGAAGGAUUUUGGAAGUAAAAUGCAAGCUCACUCUUCCCCUUUUUCCCCUUCCUUUCCUCCCUCCUGUGUAUGAUUUAUGUCCAAACACACUCUUAACUCUAAUUAAAAACCCCUAAAUUCAGUUAAUGACUACCAAGUUCAAUUCACAACUAAAAGUAAGUAUAGAUGAGAUCCAAUAAGUUCAGAUAAGGGCCAAUAAGUUUAGAAACUGCAAAUAAAGGAUAACAAGUGUAGAUUAGGAAUUUUGGGUGAAGAAAGAAGCCUUAAUCAUGAUACUCUUUACUUCUAUAUUUUAUUCUUUAGGUUUAUAGAAUUAAUAUCGUAACUUCAUUUUGUGGUUGUUGGAUUGUUUCCGUGCUUCUUGUGUGAUGCUUGCAUCAUUUAAGUGUAGUGGUUUAUUUUCCCCUUUUUGUUGGAUAUUGGGUAGAAGACCGGUGACUUGUAUUGAAGCAAGGGCUGGUUUGCAACACUUUUGUGAAUAUACUGACAUGUAAUAUUACCUUUCAGUAAAUUCAAUUCAGAAGCCAUUUCUUCUAGGCAUGUAGCUUCUGCCCUUGGAUUAAUGUCUAUGGUAAACUUUCACCGUAUUGGAUUUUAGAGCUUCCAGUCCAUAUGACACAUUACGAUUAUACAAGUUAUGUGACUUGUUCUGCAAUUAUCUAAAUAUGGUGGGCCAAAAAUUUGACAUUAUUUGACAUUGAUGGGCCAAAAAUCCUUGAGUGCUUGUCAUUAUUCGAUGAGUACAGGGAAACCUAAAAUAAUCUGGAUCUCUACCGUAUGUGUCCUUAGUAAAGCCCAAUUUAAACAUUCACUUUAUAUUCUAUAUACUAUUGGUUAAUUACGGCAUUCUAUUCCGUGUUAUGACUGAGUAGUGUUAUCCUGUUGAGUAUUUGUAUAGCUGUAUGUCAGUAGUCAACUGCCAGGAUUUGGUGGUUUCGUGGAUGUCAGUAUGCAUUUGAGGCCACAAACUUUGACUUGAGGGCUUUGACAUUUCGUGUCUCAACCUCUAUUGUUGACUGGGGGCUACUGUGAAGUGUGAACUACUAUGUGAGUAGGUGUUGCUUCUUAUGUUCACAGGGAUGCAUUAAUCCCUUUUAUAAGUUUUGACAUUUUGUUUCCACAUAUUUAAAUACUACCCGGUUAACCUUGUAUGUGAUUUCUGAUACUUCAAGAACUUUUUCAGCUGAAUGGACCUAUGGAAUUCAUGGGAUUGAUAUUUUUCUCCCUGUUAAUACUUAUAGGAAAAAGAGAGUUAAGGGGAGGGAGAGACACUAUAUAAGAUAUAUGAUAGAGCAGCAGCUUGCUGAUGGACUUAACAUAUCGAAUUCCUAUAGGAGUUAAGAGUUACGAGUUAAGGCUGCCAGGUCUGCUGAUAACUUGGAUAUGCGAAGAGCAGCUUAUUAUCACUAACUUGUCUAUUCUCAUUGCAAUCAUCAUUGUGAUCCCAUUUACAGAUAUGGCAUAUUUACCCUGUCUAAAACACAGUGUUCCAUUUACAAUGGUUUGUCGUUUUGAGCCCCUGCGGCACUGCACAUUCUUCUUUUUUCUACAUCAACAGUGAUGCAAAUUUUGGUUCUCCCAAGUUUUUAGGUUCAUUAACAAAUGCUCUGCACUGUGAUAAACUGGUGAGCUCAUUUUGUGUUAUGCUCUUUCAGUCAGUAACCUUCUCACUUAGAUCAUCAGGUGCACUCCAAAUCCUCCAUCAAUUACACUAUGCAGAUCCUUUUUACAUAAUUUGAAUAAGUCACAUCAUAUCGUUGAGUUCAAACUUUAAUGUGUGAGUCUUCAUAUUCAUGUAUGUGUGAUGUUAUUUCACUUACCGUGUUGAAGAUAUCUUGUUAUGCAGGUAAGGAACAGAAAGGCAAGGGUCUCUGAGGCAUUGGUGAGUCCAUCUUCUUACAGUAUAUGCAGUCGUCAAAUAUUUCAUUUCUAGGUUAUAACAACAAAAGGUAAAUAUAACUUUCACUAGCUCACGAAUUGUCGGCAUGCAUUCAGAGAAGAUGGGCAAAUUUUCUGGAUAAAUGUUAUUUCUCGCGUUACCCCAUCCACACUUCCACAGUGCCCGAAGAGGUGAAAGAAGGCCGAAUGGCUGCCCAUGAUUCACCGCGCCAUGCCAUAGAGGUGAAACCAUGGCAUAAAACUGCUGCAAUGAUGGAUUAAAAACAAGCAGUUAUACGUUCGACAAGGGUUUAUCUUGGACCUGGUUCUGUUCGUCUAGGGAGUUAUCUGUGUGACUUCUUAGUCCUUAUGGCUUAUGCGAACAGGGGAAAGUGACCAAGUGAGAUUUGUUAAGAACAAAGUCCACUCAGUUUUUGUGUGUGUUUGUAAUACUUUUGUGGUAUUGUAGAAAUUCUAUCUACUAUUUUGAGGGGUUUUCACUUUUGAUUCCCUGGUUUAAUGUGAUACUUGAUCUAAAUGCACGUGAUGUGUGCGUCACAUUUCUAACAUACAUGUACCACAACUCAAUGUAUAUUAAUAUGAAAAAUAUCAAAUUGUGAAAGAGAAAAAUAAAUAAAGAGCAUUUAGGUAUUUUAGGUGAACAUUAAGCUACUCAAGAGUUUACUUAUAUAAUACUAGUUUUUUUUAUGCACGCGAUGUGUGCGUGAUUUUUUAUAAUGUAUGUAAGCUGACAUUAAGAAUUCAAUAUUUAUUAUCGUAAAUGACUAUUUAUUUUUUUGUUU